AUGAAUGGGUUCCCUUGCAAGCCAGAGUCUCAAGUUACAUCAAAUGAUUUCUUCUAUAUUGGAUUGAUGAAUGCAGCAAGCACAGCCAAUCCCGAAGGAUUUGGAGUUCAACUUGCUGAUGUUACCGCCUUUCCUGCGUUAAACACCCAAGGACUUACGGUAGCCCGAAUCGACCUCGCACCUGGUGGAAUUAUUCCCCUUCACGUACACCCUCGAGGAAGUGAAGCUAAUUUUAUCUUAAAAGGGAAAGUCUAUUUUGGGUUCACAACUACUACUGAUGUUUUGUACGCAAAGGUUAUGAAACCUGGAGUGUUGAAUAUUAUUCCUAGAGGACUUGUGCACUUUGCAGCGAACGUUGGACCGGGGAAGGCUGUUAUCAUAGCUGUUUUAAAUAGUCAACUGCCCGGAUUUGCAAAUAUUCCUACUAACCUCUUUGCUUCUACGCCAACAACUCCUGAUUAUAUUUUGGCUAAGAACUUCCGAGUUGAUGAGAAGAUUAUCGCUAUCAUAAAGGCUAAGUUUGCUCUCAAUGCUUCUUUGGCAACUGGAACUUGGAAAGAUAUUUAG